AACCAAAAACACCAAAAGGAUGCGGUUGUUUAUGGUUUUAGGUGCUGUCAUUAUUAUAAACUUAAUCGACGCUUCUUUCUCGAAGGAAAGCAAACAUGUGCCUUCCAUUGGAGGGUUUCCGAUGAGCCAUAAAAUCGAGAAAAAUGGUUUUAACAAAAUCUCCAGCAGGAGACCCAGCGAAAAUCAUGGCAGCAACAUCGGAAAUUAUCCACUCACUGAAAGAAGCAAUAGACUGGAGAAGAAACAUCUCAGUUUAGUACUUAGCAGUAUUCAAGCCUUUUCGGCUGAUUCCAAUCAACUUCUAAAGACGGCUGAAAACGAAGAUAUCAAGACAAUAAAACCGAGCCAAUUUAUUAAAAACAGAAGUAAAUCCAGGAAGAUGGCACACCCUCGAAAAAAGCGUCACAAACCCGUACCCAUUGUGAGCCCGAUUAAGGUACAAACAUCAAGUGCUGCCCCCUUAUUACUUGAUCAUCCAGUACUUACAAUGAAACUGUAUGAACCAGGCCACCUAAACGAAGAGAUUGAUAUACAGAGGAUAUGUAUGCACAGGGGGUUAUCUCUAAGGCUGCUCAUUCUAAUCACCUCAGCACAGACCCAUUUUAUGGCGAGAAUGUCCAUCAGGCAGACCUGGAUUCACUACGGAAGCAGGCGAGAUGUCGGCAUUGCCUUUGUCCUUGGACGCACCACGAAUGCGACCCUGAACGAGGCUCUCAACAAGGAGAAUUAUAUAUAUGGCGAUAUGAUUCGUGGAAACUUCAUAGACUCGUACUUCAAUCUUACUCUGAAGACGAUCUCGAUGCUUGAAUGGGCAGAUACACACUGUCCCAAUGUGAAAUUCAUCCUUAAGACAGAUGAUGACAUGUUCAUCAAUGUUCCUAAACUGCUCGAUUUCAUAGGCAGGCAAAAGGAUAAUCGUACGAUCUAUGGUCGCUUGGUGGAUAAGCGGAUGCCCGAAAGACAUAGCGAGUCGAAGGAGCAACAAAAUGGGGCCAUAGAGUACACAACGUAUACCACCGGACCCGCCUAUCUCCUCACUGGAGAUAUUAUCCAUGAGCUAUACGUGCAAUCGCUAAGAACAAAUUACAUUCCACUGGAGGAUGUUUUCACGACAGGCAUUGUGGCCGAGAACUUGAAGAUUGAGAGGAUGCAGUCUGAUGAUUUUCGCAACGUUCGCACCUCUCUCAACCCGUGCUACAUCCGCAACGUGAUAAGUGUGCAUAACAUCGAGGCACACGAACAAUUCUAUCUUUGGAGGAAGUUGCUGGACCCUACUAUCAAGUGUAAAACAGUUUGGCGAAUAUACUGCGGCGCUGUACAACAGCCAAAGUGAACUCCUGUAAGUUUCGACAAAUGGAUUAAUCCAAAAAUUGGUAAAAUUGGCAAAUAUGCUGACAUAAUCCAUAAAUAUAUGUGAAAAGAUUAAAAUUUAGCUAAAUUGUAUGUACGUAUACGCACUUAGGUAUAUCUUAAGUGCUGGGAACAUUACAAAAAUUUCGCCACCAACCCAUGCAUUUGUAACCGCAUUAUUCAUUAUUAAAUGGAUAUUGGAAAACAGAAUUUUAAUAUAAUUUAUAGGCCAUACUCCAUUAAUAUGUAGUUGGUAUAUAUAGCAAAUACGAUAGCUACACCGUGUACAAAAUUGAAUGUAUUUUUAACCUUUAAUGUUUAAUUGAAUUCUUAUUUUAUAAGCAAUUCAAUAGAAAGGAGUCAAUAAAAUUCAUAAAAAAAUUUA